CAACUCCAGAAUGUACAAAGCGUUGGGUGCCAGACCAUAAGAGGUCACCCCUGGAACAUUUACAGCGUUCUGACCCAUUACGAAGACUUGAUUGCGAUCUGCUGAUCUGUUCAUCGCCUCGCGGCAUACAAGCUGCAGAGCAUUGCUCCAGUUUGCAAUGGCUGAGCCUCGCGCAGUUUCUCCGACGCCGUCAGAGCGCAAGCGAAUUGACGCAGAAGAGCGAAGACGUGAAGAGGAGGAACAAUCAAAGCUUCCAUACCGCUGGACCCAAACUUUGGAAGAGGCAGACGUCAACAUUCCGAUUCCAGGCAAUCUCAAGGCACGGGACUUGAUCGUGGAACUGAAGAAGACUCAUAUCAAGGUAGCAAUCAAAGGCCAGGACCCCAUCAUUAUUGGCGACUUCCCGCACCCUAUUCAAGUGGACGAGUCCACUUGGAUCCUCUCGUCGAACCCCGCCUCGUCGAGUGUCACGUCCAACGCAGCUUCGCCUGCCUCCUCGAACGCGAGCACCAAAGAAAUUCAGAUCAAUCUUGCCAAAUGUCGUGGCUCUAAUUGGUGGCCACACAUUGUGACUACAGCGCCCAAGAUCGACGUGACCAAGAUUCAACCCGAGAAUUCCAAACUGAGUGAACUGGAUGGCGAGACAAGAGGCAUGGUGGAGAAGAUGAUGUAUGACCAGGAGAUGAAGAGGCAGGGGAAGCCAACAAGCGAUGAGCAGAAGAAGGACGAUCUUUUGAAGAAGUUCAUGAAGGAACAUCCCGAGAUGGAUUUCAGUCAGGCAAAGAUUGGGUGAGCCGGUGCACGGAAAUGACCAUCCCCCCACGCCUAGGUCAAGUCCGAUCUGGUUGCCCAGCGGCUUCUUUUAUCGACAUUUAGUCUUGGGAGAUGGUCAAAACCGCAUACCCUUCGCAGUGGCGAGAUGUUGUGCAAACGAUACGUGCUCUCUUGGGUGGGCCCGAAUGUAUUCUUCACCAACAUCCAGCAUUAUUGUGUGUGAUGAGACCCGACUCUACCUACAAGGCGAAAUUCUACGAUUUUCAAGUGUUUCGAUGGUAAUGAAACCAGCUCAGCCAGGUCGCUCGGAUCCUGCACCCAUAAAUUCCCGCGGGUCUGCAUGAUUCUUAAAACGACCCAUGGAGUAGCCAUGUCAAGCAGAUCACGAGUCUUGUCACAAUAUUAGUGGUCCCAGAUUCUAGAUCUCGCCGUAGAAAUCUCCGAAAAGACGAGAAAUGCUAUGGUCAUUGAUUAAGGUAGCCAACCGAGGCAAUACAGAUACACUAUGGAACAG